AUGACCACCAACGGUGCUCCUGUGCUCUACACGUGCACUCUGCUUACUCUCCUCCCUUCCAUAUGGAUACUAAUCCGUCUACUCAAGAAGAUGCCGCCUUACCCCCCGGGACCGAAGGCCUUCCCGAUCAUCGGUAACGUUCUCGACAUGCCUCGCAGGGACUUUGGGCGUAAUUUCGCCAAGAUGAGGGACAUACACGGGGACGUCGUGUAUCUCAACGUGCUUGGACAGCCCAUCCUGGUGCUCGGAACCUACAAGGCUGCGUAUGAAUUACUGGACAAACGAUCAGUAACUCUCUCCGGAAGACCGAACUCGGUGAUGGUAGAGGCCGACAUGAGCUGGUUCUUUGUCUUCAAGAAUUACGGGCCCAAGUGGCGAAGAUACCGCCGCGCGUUCCACCAGUCUUUUCAUGCUGAUGCAUGUGUACAGCACCAAUCAGUCCAACUCGAGGCUACACGACGCAUGUUAUGCAGAAUUCUUGAAUCAUCUCAGGACCUAUCCGCCAUUCUUGAUUUUACGUUUGCCUCCACUCUUAUGCAGCUCGUCUACGGCCUCGAAGUCACUCGGCCGGACGAUCGGUACUUCGCAAUGGUGGAGCGGAUCCGGGAAGUGUCGGAAGAUAUCGCAGUCCCGGGCAGGUAUCUCGUGGAGGCUAUCCCAUUCCUGCGGUAUCUCCCAGCGUGGCUUCCUGGAAUGCAGUUCAAGCGUUAUGCAUUGAAGGCUAAGAGCGACAUACAUAUGAUCCUAGACAGCUUACACCACGCAUCUGUGAAGGCGAAGGAGGAAGGUUGCGCUCAGGACACGGUGGCUACCAAAAUAUUAGAGAGCAGCACAAGCCUGGAAGAUUUAUCCCACAAUGAAACGCAAACUAUGUGCCGUGGCGUCUCGGCAAGCGCAUACAUAGCGGGUGUCGAAACUACCAACGCCGUCACUCAUGCUUUUGUCUUACUGAUGGCCUUGCACCCCGAAAUACAGCUUCGAGCACAAGAGGAACUCGAUGCCGUCGUGGGCCAGAAUCGUCUUCCCGAUUUUACAGACCGCCCACAUCUACCUUUCAUCAACGCUCUCGUCAAAGAGGUCCUGCGUUUCCACAUCGUCCUCCCCUUGGGAGUUCCGCAUCGAACUACGUCUGGCGAGGUGUACAAUGGGUACUUCAUCCCCGAAGGAACCAUCGUAUGCCCUAACGUCUGGGCCAUGUCCAGGGACCCCGAUGAGUACUCUGAUCCCCUCAGCUUCAAGCCAGAACGUUUCCUUGACCGUGUAGGGGAGUCAAAGUUCCCUGAGAGGGAUCCCAUUGACUUUGCCUUCGGAUUUGGCAGGAGGCAGGUCCAGCUUCAUUCGACAUACCUGAUAUGUCCAGGUCGACAUCUCGCCGACGCUUCCCUGUUCAUCACAUGCGCGUCGAUCCUGCACGUCUAUCAUAUCCAGCCCCCUAUAGGCGAGGAUGGGCAUCGGAUGAAGAUCGAGUACGAGUUCAGCACGGAGAGCAUGCUAUCGCAUCCAAAGAUGUAUCAGUUCGACAUCAAGCCUCAGUCAGCUAACGCCAAACGGCUCAUAUUGGAGUGUAUGGACGCUUUCCUCGCCAAAGAAUAG